GCUCGGGCUGUGCCCUGCGGCUCCAGCGCUGUGAGCAGUGCCCCACCUGGGAUGGGGCACGGCUGGUUGGGGUCUGCAGGAUGCCCUGGACCGGAUCCUGGUGCUCCUGCAUCCAGCAGCCGGAUGAACUGUGCGCGGUCCGGGACACGCACCCGAAAUAAACGCUCGCUAUUUCUCUUUAUGCAUACAAACUAUCCUUGCUAGCGGAUUUGGCGCGGAGUGCUCUUUUCUUUUUUAUCUUUUCUUUUCCGCCGGGACUUUUCCUUCCCUCGCUCCACGUCGGCUGUGGCUUCCCGCAGGCUGGCGCUUGCCAUCUCGCAGCAGGCUGGCAAAAGCCGAGCCACCGAGCGAGCCACGCUGGCCAGCAGGAAACCGGGAAGGAGCUGGCCAGGAGGAUUGGAAAGGGGAAACAUAAAAUUUGCUUCUUCUGGGGAGCGCGGUUAUGGUGCCAGCGGAGAUACUCGGGUGAGGUUGGCUUAGGAGAAAAAGGUGUAAAAGCAGGAAGGCAGGCGUCUGUCACGCUUUGUUAUCUUCGGGGAACAUGUGCUGUCAGGGGAGGAAAAUUUGAUAUCUGAUUGUGUGCGAUGCCCUCGGGGCAAGGCUGCGGCUCGUCGGAGGGUGUCCAAGUGUUAUUUUAUUUUCCGCCUUUUCUCGGGGCCGGGAGGGUUCCUCUGCAGAGGCCAUCACCUGCCCGCUGGCUGCAGAACAGUUGUUUAUGGGACAAACUUAAACCUCCUUUACAACUAUUUCCUGGGAAAGGCUGCCCAAGCUCGACUUUGCAGCCUUUUGCUGCUGGGUGAUGGGAGCCGGUUGCUCCAAGUUUUGCUGCCAGCACCUGCUCACCCCUCACCUGCGGGGAGGAUGCCGAGCAUCUCACCUUCCAAACCCCUCGAGUGACCCGGCCUGGGGUUUGGGGAGUGGGACAGGGGGUCAGCAGCCCCCGGGUGUGCUCGUGGCUCCACGCUGCCGGGCUGGCUGUGUUAGUGCAGGGCUCACAUCAGCCUUUGUUAGCUCCUCUUUCUCUUAUUUGGUAUCCGGUGGCACGCUCCCAUGCCAAGCACGAGCCGUACGAAACCCGGCUUCCCAAUUCCUGGGUUUCUCCAGCAGCCCUCGGUGCCAGAUACAGAAUGCAGAUGGCUGAUGGCAAUUACUCUAUCCUUUUAUUAGAUUGCUGGAGAUUAAUUAAAUGCUUACACUCCUUUGCUUCCUCUCAUUCCCAAGAAUCCCAGGCGCUCACACCCGCACAGCUCGUGUUGCAGCCAGGCACCGAGCGCGAGUCACAAAAGUGUGGAACUGUGAUCUAGAGCAGAACUUUGGGGGAAGAUUAAACCAGAAAAACGCUGCUCUGGGGUGUCAGCACUCGAGUGGCUGUCUCCUCAAAUCCGCUUGGGAAAGCUGCUGGUGUGGGCGGCAGGGAUCCCGGUGUUAGGGCUCAGCAGCUGGAGCAGCGCUCUUGGCUGCAGCAGCCUGAGAUUCCUGACGAGCCUGCUUGGGGCUCACUGCAGGGGGGUACUGUGGGCCUGAGUCAGUGUGGGCUGCUUUAUGGCUUGGAUUUUUAAUGGUGUUCUCCCACUCAGAGCUGCUGCUCUGUCCUGAAGCGUGUGCAGUGCAGGUUUUGGUCCAUCACAGCAGCUGGCAGCCGUGCUGCUGUCCCCCUUGUGCCUCUCCUGAGGGAGUCUUGGGAGUCAGAAUUUGAACCUUUGUCGAGCAAAGGGUGAUGGACUUGAUGUGAGCUGCCAUUUGUGCCUCUUGUCCCCACUGGAGCCACUUGCAGCCGUGUGUGCUGGCACGGGGUCACCGAGUCAGAGCCAAGGGUCCCCUAAGGAUUAUGGUAAUCCAUUUUCUGCAGAUAAAUCCAAGAGAUGGAAAAUCCCACUCCAUCUUCUUAGGAGCAGGAAUGCAUUUCACACUUUUGGGUCUGUUUUCAUUGGCCACUUCUCUUGGCCCCAAACCCCCAGAGAUGCCUUGGUCAGGCUGCAGGGAAUUGGAGGAGCUGGCUCCGAGGGGAUUUGUUUUCUUCUGUGUCUUGCAGUCUGCACUGUUGAGUAAAAUCAAAGCCUGGCCUCUUGGGUUAGCUGAACCGUUUGGAUGAAAGAAUUGGGAGUUGCAGCAUGGUGCAGGGGAAUGGACAGAAAUUCCCACUUGUGCAGUGGUUUUCUGGUGAAAUAAACGGGGAUGUAGAGAGGAAAGACAGCUCCUCCACCUUCAUGAGCAGAGGGUUGUGAGCUCACUCCUUAUCUCCCCAAAGCUGGAGGACAAAACCCAAGGGCCACCUUGUGCAACACCAGCAAUUCUGCACAUUCAGGAAUGAUGACUCAGGCUACUCCAGCUCCUCCAGAGAGAGCAGCAGGCACAGGGAAUGGAGUGGGGUGGUGGAGCCUGGCUCUGGAAUACCAGACCCUCGUCUCUUGGACUCAUGGGUGCUGCUGGGUUUGCUCAGGGAAGUGGUACUGUCCCUGUCCCUGUCCUGGGAGCUGGGGCUGGGCUGGGGUUUCCUCCUGCCCCAGAGGUCUUGUGGUCCAGAGCAAGGUCCCACCUUCCAAAUGCCCAUUGUUUGGGAACAGCUGUCACUCCUUCAGGCCCAUUAAUGCCUUUUCAGUGCCUUGAGGUGCAUGGUUUCCAAAGAAGGGGUGUGAGGAUGCUCUCUGCUGUGCAGGAAAGGGGAGAAGUGGCUGCCCAAACACAUCUCAAUCCUUGGGGGACCCAGUGCCUGUGGUCUGGGGCUGCCUGGGCAUCCCCUAUGCUGAAAGCUGCCGUUCCUGAUUCCAGACCUGCUCUCAGGUGGAUGUGGGACUGCAGGUUCAGGAGGGUUGCUGUUCUUCUGUGCAGCAGGUGGGGUUUUUGUGUUUGGCUGGUGGGGUGUUUUUUUUUUUUUCCCCUUAAGUGGUCUUGGCAACCAGGCACUUUCUCUCAUUUUUGUCAGUGCUUUUCUCUGCUUCCGUGCGUGGGAAUCUGCGCUGAGCAUCUGCUGCUGUCUAUGUUUGGAGAUGGGACACGGAGGAGACUUGAGUCUGAUCCUUGUCCCUUCCUCUGAACCUCCCCAGCCCACCUGCCUGCCACCCUCCAGGGGCUGCAGGCACUGCCAGCUGCUCCAGAGAGAAAUCCUGUACAGGAAAACCAUUAUAGCCUCAGUACAUCGGGAGCCUGGAUGUGCCACGGCCAAACAGCCGCGUGGAGAUCGUGACGGCCAUGCGGCGCAUCAGGCAGUUCUGAUUUCUCUGAGCUUCCUGGGAGGCUGCUUCUCCUGCAGAUGGCUGUAUGAGUUUAAAGCCAAGAAUAUCAAGAAGAAGAAAGUGAAUCUCAUCGUGUCGGUGGAUGGAGUGAAGGUCAUUCUGAAGAAGAAGAAGAAGCUUCUUUCAUUGCAGAAAAGAGAGUGGGCCUGGGAUGAGAACAAAAUGCUCGUCAUGCAUGAUCCCAUCUACAGGAUAUUCUAUGUAUCUCAUGACUCCCAGGACCUAAAGAUCUUCAGCUACAUUGCCAGGGACGGGUCUAGCAAUGUCUUCAGGUGCAAUGUCUUCAAGUCCAAGAAGAAGAGCCAGGCCAUGCGGAUCGUGCGCACGGUGGGCCAGGCGUUCGAGGUGUGCCACAAGCUGAGCCUGCAGCACACGCAGCAGAACGCUGAUGGCCAGGAGGAUGCAGACAGUGAGAGGAAUGGAGAUGACCUGGAUGUCCCAGCCUGUCGCCUCUCAGGCGUGGAGAGAGCAGCCACCUCUGCCGAGGAGACCGACAUUGAUGCCGUGGAGCUGCCACUGCCUGGGGCUGACAUCCUGGACUUCAGCCGCGGUGUCACCGACCUGGACGCCGUGGGCAAGGAGAGCUGCCUCCACCCUGAGGACAUCCUGACGGCGUCACCCAAGAUGCUGCUGCCCUCAUCUGCCCAGCUGCCCGACCUGGGAACGCCCCUGUCUGCCCACCACCAGAUGCAGCUUCUCCAGCAGCUCCUGCAGCAGCAGCAGCAGCAGACACAAGUGGCUGUGGCACAGGUCCACCUGCUGAAGGACCAGCUGGCAGCAGAAGCAGCAGCACGGCUGGAGGCCCAGGCUCGUGUGCACCAGCUCCUGCUCCAGAACAAGGACUUGCUGCAGCACAUCUCACUCCUGGUCAAACAGGUGCAGGAGCUGGAGCUGAAGCUGGCGGGGAACACGACCACAGGCUCCCAGGACAGUCUGCUGGAGAUCACGUUCCGCUCCAACGCGCUGCCCGUGCUGUGCGAGCCGAGCACCCCGCAGCCCGAGGACACGCACCCGCCGCCGCUGGGCCCCAGCCCGGCGUUCCCCAGCGCCGUGGGCAGCCCCAUAGGUAGGAACGACUGCCUGGUGAAGCUGGAGUGCUACCGCUUCCUGCCCGAGUCGGGGCCGCCCGCCCCGGAGCCGGCCCUGGGCAGCCUGGAGCUCAUCAAGUUCCGCGAGUCGGGCAUCGCCUCCGAGUACGAGUCCAACACGGACGAGAGCGAGGAGCGCGACUCCUGGUCCCAGGAGGAGCCGCCGCGCCUGCUCCACGUGCAGUCCAGGCAGGACUUGGGCGACAGCCUGGAGGAUGAGAUCGCGGUGUAGGGGUCAGCAGGAGGUGGUGCAGAGCUGCC